AUGCCUCACGGCCAGUCAAAUGAAUCAGAGGUUCGUGCGGAAAAUGUUCGUCUGCUUAGUCCACCGACAUCCGCCAUUACCGCAGAGUCCAAUCACGUUGUGGGUGCAAUGUCGCGCUCACGCCCCCGUCUUGGUCUCCUUCGUUCCGAACACGGGCUCUUCUGGCGACAUCGGCUUCCAGAAAUGGCUGCAAUGCUUCGUCUUCGCGCUGCCUGCAAAUCCGUCGUCCGUCGCGUUCUUGAGAGUCGUGGUUAUUUGGAGGUAGGGCGCUCCCUCUCUACUAUUCGCUCAAGUUGA